UCCGAUGGUGUGUAUACUACGUUGCUUUCCCCAAAAGGCGCUCCUGUUUUCCUUCCUCAGCUGCAAGCAAUUAAAAAGCACCAUUGAUGAUUCAUUCUUUCUACAAAAGAAUAGAAAAAAUUUACCUUUUAUAGUUCACUUUUGGGUCGUUUUCAAAAUUUCAAGAAAAUGCAAGUAAUACCCAAAUGGCGUAACAUUUUGAUCCUGAAGAAUUCAUUUAUUCAAUCCACAAGAAUUGUAUCUUCUACACAAUCACCAAACACCCAUUUUGAUUCUUUCCAUUCUACCUCAAUUUGCUCUGAGAAAUGGAAAAAUAAGUGGAAUUCUGAUUUUAGAGGAAGUCAGCAACCAACUAAGAAUUAUAUCAGAUAUGAAACACGUCAAAAGCGUGCUGACUCAAAAAAAGCUUUGAAAAAUCUUCUCUUUUAUGGGGCAUCUGGAAACUCUUUUGAGAAUGAAUCUUCAACAAUAAAUGAUAGAUGGGAUGUGGAUCAGGAUGAUCGUUCAGAGAAGAAAAGUGAAUAUAAGUCCGCUGCUCGUCGUAGAGAUCGCUCAAGGAGAAGGAUGCGUAAAAUGAAGAAACGGAGAUUAUGUGAAGAAUUUGAUGAAUAUCCUGAAACAGUAUUUGAAGCAACUUUUGGUAAUAAGUGGUACACUUGGUCUUUUAGGCCUGGUAAAUCAUCUACUUUUGAAGAUCUAUUCUCCCGAAGACAAGAAACAGACUGGUCAGAACAAAGGCAUUGCAGAUGGGAUAAUGAAACUGAAAACGAGACUUAUACAGAAUCCAACUAUGAUUCGUGUAAUGUAGGGUCUUACUCUGAAAGAACAAUUCUCGGUUUGCCCCCAAGAGGUCCUCUGAAGAUUGAGGAUGUCAAGAAUGCUUUCCGUUUAUCAGCUUUGAAGUGGCAUCCUGAUAAGCAUCAAGGCCCUUCACAGGCAGCAGCAGAAGAGAAAUUCAAAUCUUGCGUCACUGCAUACAAGUCAUUGUGCAACGUGUUCGCCCCAGCUUAACCGUAUCUAUGGCUUCUUUUCCUCGAGUUUCAGAAGCCAAAAAUCACCAUUCAUAGUAAUAAUAAAUAGCUCACUCUUACGUAUCCUAAUUUAAUUCUGUAUGAUAACUUCCUUCAUCCUGACAAUAGGGGAACUCUGUCUUUCCCAGCAGUGUCCUGAAAAUGUACUUAAUAAAAUUUUGUAGUCUUGUAUACAAUCAUCAAAGAUACAUGCAAGUAAAGCAAUUGCCUUCUGAAAAUACCAUGUGAUCAUACCAGUACUAUUGCAUCGGAUCUCAUCAGAAUUUCAAAGUUAAGCGUGAUGGGUCGGUUGCUUUGCAUACU